AAAGCAGUAGACAAUUCUUGAAGUAAAAUUAAAGGGAUAGACAGAUAACGUUUACGAGAGGAAUCAUGACACGUGAACAUGGAGUAUCGGUCAAACCUGGCAACUGGGACAUUUCUUUAAAUACCCACAAAAUAUCACUUUUGAAGAAGUAGGAAAAAACAAAACCAAAGAAGAUCUAAAGAGAUAAAGAGAAUGAUGAAGAAGCAAGUGACGAUAGUGGCGGCUCUUCUGAUUAUGAUGGCUUUAUGUUCCAGCUUGAAUAUGGUGGCCGAGGCUCAAUUAGGCCCCGGAGACUGCUACGACGGUUGCUCCACCGCCUGCGUCCAACGUGACCCGAGAAAGACGUCCCGAUGCGAUCGCAAGUGUUCCAUUCGUUGUGGUCCAGAUGCUGCCAGGGCAAGUGGGAGUGGUGUUUAAACUUUAUAUUUUACCAAGAUCCAUGCAUUUGGAUUUAAUUAUGUUGUAAUCUUAUUUAAUAAUCGUAUCUCUGGAAAACAUAUUCUGUAAUUUUUAUGUAGUUAUUGGAACCAAUAAAUAAUAACAGCUACAAUGGUGGAAUUAAGUACACUAGUGCUGGUUUGUAAUCAACUUUAAAAUGUGUUGAGAACCGGAUCAGCUGGUCUAACUGAAAUCUAAUUAAUCAGUUUGCAACUAUAACUUAAAUCUAAAACUAAGAAGUAAGAACCGGCUUACUCACGUCUUGUCUUCUCUUUCGUCGUUAGAUCCAAGCUGGGUCAUCCAGCUCUAUGGUAACCCAAUUAGCAAUACAUACUCAUGGCCCAU